GCUGUGGUUGCAGCGGGAGUUCAAACAUGGCGGGUACUAAAACACAGAAUGCGAUAACUUUGAAGGGAUCUACUGAAAUUGUCACAGAAUUCUUUGAGUAUGGCAUCAACAGUAUACUAUAUCAGCGAGGAAUCUACCCACCAGAAUCCUUCACUCGAGUUCAAAACUAUGGCUUGACCUUGCUUGUGACAACUGAUGAUGAUCUUAAGAAAUACCUCACUGAAGUUAUUGGUCAAAUUAGAGACUGGCUGCUUGGUAUGACAGUGCAGAAGCUAGUUCUUGUCAUCAAGAGUGUCUACACAAAUGAGGUCCUGGAGAGAUGGCAGUUUGAUGUUGAGUGUGAUAAGACAGUGACUGCUGACACUAAAAAGGAUAAAUCAGACAAAGCAAUCAAAGAAGAAAUUCGCUCUGUUAUCAGGCAAAUAACAGCGUCGGUUACAUUCCUCCCGCUUCUAGAAAGUGCUUGUGUGUUUGAUAUCCUGGUGUACACAGACAAAGACAUGGAUGUGCCAGAAGCAUGGGGAGAAUCAGGGCCUCAUUUUGUGGUGAAUUCCGAGGAAGUCCGACUAAGGUCUUUUUCUACAUCUAUACAUAAAGUUGAUGCCAUGGUAGCAUACAAGAAAACAGACUGAUUCUAUGUCCAUUACUACAGGAAUGAUUUUCCUGUCACUAUAUGCUGAUGUAAACCCAAGAACUGUGAAGGCUAGUUAAUGAAGCAUCUAUGAAGAUUGUUUCAGGCGUGCUCACCAUCCACUUGUCUGAUGGGCCAUGUAACAGGCAGGACUAGCAUGGACAAGAUGUGUUAAUGGAAUGAAGUAGCACUCGUAUUCUGUUCCAGUACGAGUAACAGAGAAUAACUGAAGCACAUACAAGCUCAUGCUACAGUGUCCACAUGUCACCAUUGAACAAUAUGUCAUGCUGUCCAUGACAUCUGAGGUCUUGCAGAUUGCUGUGCAGAUUUGCAUCCCUUCUUUUUGCCAGGAUUUGCUGAAAUGCCACCAUUAUUUUAACAGACUUCAGCCAGUUGUGAUCAUGAACCAAGACCACUUUAAUGACAUUAUGCAAAGUGGUAAUGCCCUGGGUUCAGGGCAUUUACUCUCACAUUACAUGCCGUCAUACCAGAAUUCUGUUCAACUCCGCAUUAAUUUCAGCACCUAUUACUUUAACAGGGUUGUGUAUUCAGGUCAUUCCUGUCAUCUGUCAUUUAUCAGUCUAAUUAUGGUAAUGCCAGAACAGUUUAUCUACAUUUGUUCUCUACAUAUAGGAAAGCCAAUGUCCGUUCAUGCAAACAUUAUAAUCUUGAUAUUAUUUGUGCUUCAGUGCAUGUACAUCAAGGCUUAAAGAAAAUUACCUCUUUCA